CAGUCCCCGGGCGGCGGCAGCGGCGGCGGCGGCGGCGGCGGCGGCCGGGGCGGCGCGACGGCCGGGGAGGGGGCGCUGCUGCGGCGGGGGCCGGCGGCGGCAGGGGCGGCGGCGGCGGCGGUCCGCACCAGCCAUGCCGAAUAAAAACAAGAAGGAGAAAGAACCACCUAAACCGGGGAAAAGUGGGAAAAGUUCAAAAGAAGGACAAGACACGGUAGACACAGAGACUCCCAACAGGAAAAACAGCAUUGGAUCUGUCCAGCCCUCAACAUCUAAAAUGAAAGUACCAGUCCCUCAGCCAGUCAUGAAGAAAGACAAACGGCAGAAUUCUUCUCGGUUCAAUGCCAGCAAUAAUAGAGAACUGCAAAAACUACCAUCUUUAAAAGAUGUUCCUCCUGGAGAUCAAGAGAAGCUUUUUAUCCAGAAGUUACGUCAGUGUUGUGUCCUCUUUGACUUUGUUUCUGACCCACUGAGUGACCUGAAGUGGAAGGAAGUAAAACGAGCUGCUUUAAGUGAAAUGGUAGAAUAUAUCACCCAUAAUCGAAAUGUGAUCACAGAGCCCAUUUACCCGGAAGUAGUCCAUAUGUUUGCAGUUAACAUGUUUCGAACCUUGCCACCCUCCUCCAAUCCUACGGGAGCAGAAUUCGAUCCAGAGGAAGAUGAACCAACGUUAGAAGCAGCCUGGCCUCAUCUUCAGCUUGUUUAUGAAUUUUUCUUAAGAUUUUUAGAGUCUCCAGAUUUCCAGCCUAAUAUAGCGAAGAAAUAUAUUGAUCAGAAGUUUGUAUUGCAGCUUUUAGAGCUCUUUGACAGCGAGGAUCCUCGGGAGAGAGAUUUUCUAAAAACCACCCUUCACAGAAUCUAUGGAAAGUUCUUAGGCCUGAGAGCUUACAUCCGAAAACAGAUAAAUAAUAUAUUUUAUAGGUUUAUUUAUGAAACAGAGCAUCAUAAUGGCAUAGCAGAAUUACUGGAAAUAUUGGGAAGUAUAAUUAAUGGAUUUGCCUUACCACUCAAAGAAGAGCACAAGAUUUUCUUAUUGAAGGUGUUACUGCCUUUGCACAAAGUGAAAUCCCUGAGUGUCUACCAUCCCCAGCUGGCGUACUGUGUCGUGCAGUUUUUAGAGAAGGACAGCACCCUCACCGAGCCAGUGGUAAUGGCACUUCUCAAAUACUGGCCAAAGACUCACAGUCCAAAAGAAGUAAUGUUCUUAAAUGAACUAGAAGAGAUUCUAGAUGUAAUUGAACCGUCGGAAUUUGUGAAGAUCAUGGAGCCCCUUUUCCGGCAGUUAGCCAAAUGUGUUUCCAGCCCGCACUUCCAGGUGGCAGAGCGAGCACUGUAUUACUGGAACAACGAGUACAUCAUGAGUCUGAUCAGUGACAAUGCAGCAAAGAUCCUGCCCAUCAUGUUUCCAUCCUUGUACCGCAACUCAAAGACCCAUUGGAACAAGACAAUCCAUGGCCUGAUAUACAACGCCCUGAAACUCUUCAUGGAAAUGAACCAGAAGCUCUUCGAUGACUGUACUCAACAGUUCAAAGCAGAGAAGCUAAAAGAGAAGCUAAAGAUGAAAGAGCGAGAAGAAGCAUGGGUUAAAAUAGAGAAUCUAGCCAAAGCGAAUCCCCAGUACACAGUGUAUAGUCAAGCCAGCACCAUGAGCCUUCCGGUUGCAAUGGAGACAGAUGGGCCUCAAUAUGAAGAUAUGCAGAUGCUGAGAAAGACAGUGAGCGACGAGGCUCAUCAGGCACAGAAAGAUCCGAAGAAGGACCGUCCUCUUGCGCGCCGCAAGUCUGAGCUGCCCCAGGACCCUCUCACCAAGAAAGCCUUGGAAGCUCACUGCAGGGCCGACGAGCUGCUCUCCCAGGAGGGGCGCUAGCCCGGCCCAACGCGGCGUCGGGCUGGGCGUGCCCGUCUCUUCGGGAUUCUGUAGAAAAUACAUACUGUCUGUGCCAUACCCGUCAGCUCCACUCCGAGCUUCCUUCCACCCCGUUCUGUAGGCGAUCACGGGCACCCGCCUCAGCUCGAGACGAGGAGUUCAAACAAUGGUGGUUCUCAGACCCCACGGGCCAGGCUGGGGGUGGGGGGAGCGGGUGGCAGUGUCCCCACAGGUCGUACCCGCCCCAGCAUCUCACCCCAAGUGAGACUGUCACAAAACCAGAGCUGUAGGAAAGCACCCUGCUCCUCACGUCCAUGUUCUACCCAAACGGAGUUGGUGACCCUUUGGAUAGGUGGUUCUGGGGUCACGCGCUGUUUCGCGGAUCCGAGGAACGCGUUGAGAAGGAUCGCCUCCUUUCUGAGCCCUCACAGCCUUGGAAGCCGUCCCCACGCCAUGGCGAGGCCAGCCGCUUCUGUGUGUGUGAGCCCACAGCGCCGGCGAGCCUCCUGGGAAAGGGUCGUGACAAUCCCCGGCGCCGCGCCAGGCCCUGCUUCUCUGUCUGCCGAAAGCCAUAUUUCCCAGUCUGUGCCACAGCACCCGGGUUCCGGGAGGAAGCUCGCGCCGGGAAGUCACUCGCAGAGAGCUUUCUCCGUCUACCUUGACUGGAAUUGGAAUUCUUAAAUUAUGUGCUCACAUUUUUAUUUACAGAAUCAGUUUUUUUUUGUUUUUCAUCUAGUUACACAUUGUUACCCUUCCUCAAGACUCUUGAAGUGAUACAAUUACAGUGUCUAAGAACCCCAAGCCUCUGUCAGAAGUUGGAAGGAGUCUGGCCGCUGGGCCUAAGGCAAGCUGCUGCCGCCUCUGCCAUUGGGGUGCCUGGGCCGGCCAGCCCCCCCCCCACCGCGCCCCCGGCGGGGGGGGGGGGGAGGUGGUCCGCGCUCUGCGGGGAAGGAGCACACCGCGCAAGGCAAGUGCAGUGUCUUGGGUUUUCACUGUCUUCAUAAUGCUGCUAUAUAUUUCCCAGACUUCUUGCAUGGAUUAAGCUUUUGUUUUAGAUGGAAUAGCACGAGGAGAAUUCCUUUAAACUUAGUGCUUUGUCUAUUCUUUAUUUCUCUCAGGGUGGCCAGUAUUUUGACUUACUUAUCCUGCUUAAAAGCUACUUGAGAUGUGCACUGCUGUUCUGAACAGUGACUUAGUUUCUUUUGUCUCUGGCAUAUACAUAUAUAUAUAUACAUAUAUAUAUAUAAAACUUUUAAUGUUAAAUGUCUAGAUGCAUAAGAGAUAAAAUGUGGCUUCUUUUAGGAUCUGUUUUUUUAAUCGUGGUCUCGGGUAUCCAUGAAAAGAUGGUGAAAUCCAACAUUGCCCCUCAGGCGGCCACAGUGCCUGCUGCCAGGCUCCUUUCGGGCGCCGCUGGGGGACUGGGAAGAGCCCCACGAAGAGCCCGACGCGCGGGAAGGGGCGGGGGGGGGGGCCCCGGGGCUGGGGGCCAGCACCGCUCUGUGCUCUGCGCCCCUCGUGGAAAGGCGGCAGGGCAGACAGCGGGCAAGGCCUGGUAAGAACACUUCCUGAGAAACUUGACACGUAUCUAUCCAUUUUACCAUUAUGAAAUCUAUAUAAUUUAAAAACAAGUUGAGAUGCCUUCUCCUUUUGAGGGAAAAAGGGUGCUUUUUAUUGUAUAAAGCAGCGUCUUAUGUAUUUUGAUAUACCAUUGUUUGAACUUCCGUCUUUAGCUGAUAGAUUCUCAGGCCCCUGAUUGGGAGGCUGAGUACGUCGGGAGAGGUUCUGCAGAGACUCCCCUCGGCCCUGGGGGAGAGGCGUGAUAUCAGUGUCCGGGUGAUUGUGUAAAGCUCAACGUAUAAAAACAUCUUUUGGUCUAGGUUUUAUUUCUGCUCUUUAUUGAAGACAAACACUCACCAAUAAGGGGAAGAAAUGCAGUUUUGAGAGAAACUAAUUUUCUUGGACAAGAGUAUUACUUAAUAUUUUGGCCUACUAAAGUUUCCUAGUUAGUACUCGGAUUCCCUGUGCUAAUGGUUCAGCUUCUAUAUUACCCUAUCGAGACACUGUUCACUCUGUACCAAACAGAUUUCAAAAGUACUGCAUUGGAAAUAAACUGGUGACUGUUUUUCUUCAUAAAGUUCUGCGUUUGGCAUCGUCACUCUUCCCAGAAACGUAUCUGUGCAUCAGAAAUGUCCCAGUUCACAGUGUCUUUUUAGUGUGGCUUUAGGAUGGCUUCUUUUAAUAUUGUACAUACAUUGUAUCUUUGUUUUAUGGUAAUAAGUAAUAAAAAUGUAGACUUCAUAUUUUGUACAAAAAAAUGUCCUAUGUACAGAAUAAAAAAAAAGUUCAUAGAAACAGCAAAAAUAGGUAAGUGGCACAAUUAUUUUUUUCUUUAGGAAAUACCUGUAACUUUAUGCUUUCGUGAAAUGUUAAGUACCUACAUAUUUUUUAACAUUUUGUAAUUCAGAACUUUUUGUUUUGACAUUGUUUAUGAAGAGAAACUUCAUACACCUGCCACUUAAUAUGCUCUUUUACCUGAUUUUAAAGAACUCUUAAAACGGUGUAUUAUAUGAACUAAAUAAAGAACAUGUGAAUUUUACUGCUCA